AUGCAGAUUUCACGGCUAUUAGUGGUUAGUCUAGCCGUUCUAGAAUUAGGGCUGUGCUGCAUAUCCAAUGGCGAGUCGUUACCCCAAGACGGCGCAAGCUCUUUGGGUAUGAGAGAGCUGCUGCAAGAUGACGGAGCCACUAAGACCUUACGAGAGGGCAAGUUUCUGGCGGAGACUCUCGCGGAUGCAGCGGGAGAGGCGACGCAGGCGACUGUUGCUGGUACCAAGGGGAACAACGGAUGGGGUGGAGGGGCGGAGAGCGGUUCAGGGGGGUGGAAGGAUGCGCUGUGGUCGCCAGCGAAGCUGCUGGAUGCUUUUGUGACGAGCCUGUCCAUGAUCCUCGUCAGCGAGAUCGGGGACGAGACGUUCAUCAUCGCUGCUCUCAUGGCCAUGCGCCAUCCGCGCAGCAUUGUGCUGGCUGGAGCGCUCUCUGCUUUGGGAAUCAUGACAGUGCUGUCAACGGGGCUGGGCCUCAUAGUGCCCAACCUCAUUUCAAGAAAGGCCACCAACAGCGCUGCCACGGUGCUGUACACCUUCUUUGGCCUGCGUCUGCUGUACAUCGCAUGGAAGGCGGACCCCAAGGAGUCCGCCGCUAAGGAGAUGGAGGAGGUGGAGGAGAAGCUGGAGAGCGAGGAAAAUGACAAGGGAAGGCACAGAGGCAUUCGCAAGUUCUUUGCUGGCUUCUGCACGCCUGUAUUCCUGGAAGCCUUCAUCCUCACCUUUCUUGCCGAGUGGGGCGAUCGCAGCCAAAUCGCAACCAUUGCUCUGGCAGCGCACAAAAACGCCUUGGGAGUGACGGUGGGGGCGACGUUGGGCCAUGUGGUGUGCACCAGCAUUGCAGUGCACGCUUCGUUAGCAGCAAGCGCGAGCUCAGAACACGACUCAGUCGAUCAAACCGAUCCGGGGUUGCUAUGGGAUUUCUCCUUCGAUUCCGACGAGGACGACGGGCCGCUGCCAGAAACCCCGUCGCGCUGCUUGCUCCACGCCUUCUCAUGGUCGUCGCAUGAAGCGGGGGGAGGAGGGAUUAACGGCCGGUGGUACGACGUUCUUGCGGAACGAGUGGGUGAUUUCAAGGCGAUGGGGUUCUCAGACCUCAUUUUCCCGCCGUGCUGCAAGGCUGCUGAUGGACCAGGUUUCGCUCCAGUGGACUUUUACGACCUCAAUAGUGCGUACGGAACAGAGGCCAGCCUGCGGAAGCUUCUGGCGCAGCUGCACGCAGCAGGGCUGGGCGCGUGCCUCCACGUGGUCGUGAACCGGAUGGGCGGUUUGGUGGACACGAGCGGAUCUGAGCAGCAGCAACAGCAGCAGCAGCAGAUGGGGGGAGGAGGUGGGGUGCCGGGGGGAGUGGGCCCCGGCGAGCCAGGGCUAUCAGAAUGGAACCGACUCACCAACACUGUCGAUGAGCCGGCAGUGUGGCGGCAGGGCGAGCAGGUGGGCAUUGAAGUGCAGGCAGAAGGGGGGAGGAGCAGCGUGAUGGACCAUGGGAACCCCGCAGUGGAGGAGGACUGCAAGGGGUGGCUGCGCUGGCUGCGAUUCGACGUUGGCUUCGAUGCGUGGUGUUUCGACCUCGCCCGUGCCUUCGAUCCUGCAGUAGCCCACUCGUACUGCUGGGAUACGAGCCCCACGUUCGCUGUCGCUGAUGUGUGGACGGAGAUGCGCUACCAGGGCGGCACUCUCGAAUACGACCAAGACGGCCAUCGAGCAUUGCUCGCUGACUGGGUGAAAGCAGCAAAGGGCACACCUCACAUGAUCGACUACACUACAAAGGGCAUACUGCAGGCAGCCGUGCAGAACUGCGAGUACUGGCGCCUCAUAGACCCCCAUCGACCCCCAUUGACCACAAUGCAAAACCUCCUCACCACACCCCACCCUCUCGUAUCUCUCUUUCCUCAGGGCAUACUGCAGGCGGCAGUGCAGAACUGCGAGUACUGGCGCCUCAUAGACCCCCAGGGCAGGCCUCCCGGGCUCAUCGGCUUGCUGCCUGCAAAGGCUGUCACAUUUGUCGACAACCACUCUACAGGCUCCACUCAGCAACACUGGCCGUUCCCCGCCUGGGGUGUCACACUCGGGUAUGUGUACAUUCUGACCCACCCGGGUGUGCCAUGUGUGUUCAUUGACCACCUGUACGAGUGGAACCUUAAGGACCAGAUCCAGAAGCUGCUGGCGAUCCGGCAGCGCAACGGCAUCACAUCGAGGAGUGCGAUCCGCAUCAUGGCGUGCAGCACGCAGCUCUAUGUGGCGCGCACUGGGACUGACGUGGAUGAUGACAGGCUGUUCCGCGGGGUGGUUGUGAAGCUCGGCCCGUCGUUUGACAUGCACGGGACUGCUCCAGAUCCUUCUUGGCAGAUUGCUAUGUCAGGUCAUGACUUCUGCAUAUGGGAAAAGAACACUGAAGCGCAAUGA